AUGUCGUGGGAAUCGGAGUACGAGAAGGACCCCGGGUGGCAAUACCUGAAGCGCUCUCGCGAGCAGAUCCUUCAAGAUCAAUCGAAGCCGUACGACUCGAAGAAAGACGUCUGGGUCCCGGAUGCCGAGGAUGGAUACAUCACCGGUCAAAUCACCUCCGCCGCCGGGGACAAUGUCACCGUCACCACGUCGAAGGGAACUGAGGCGACCCUCAAGCGCGAGCAGGUCCAGGAGAUGAACCCGCCAAAGUUCGAGAAGACCGAGGACAUGUCCAACUUGUCGUUCCUCAACGACGCUUCUGUGCUGCACAAUCUCAGGGCUCGCUACGCUGCUAUGCUCAUCUACACCUACUCGGGUCUCUUCUGCGUCGUCAUCAACCCGUACAAGCGUCUCCCCAUCUACACCGAUUCCGUGGCCCGAAUGUUCAUGGGAAAGCGUCGUACCGAGAUGCCUCCUCAUCUCUUCGCCGUCUCCGAUCAGGCGUACCGCAGCAUGUUGGCUGACCGCGAGAACCAGUCGAUGCUGAUCACCGGAGAAUCUGGAGCCGGAAAGACCGAGAACACCAAGAAGGUUAUUGCCUACUUCGCCGCCGUCGGCGCCAAGCAGAACGAGGCUGAGGGUAUCAAGGCCGACGACGGCACCAAGAAGGCCACCCUGGAGGACCAGAUCGUCCAGACGAACCCCGUCUUGGAGGCGUUCGGCAACGCCAAGACUGUGAGGAACAACAACUCUUCCCGCUUCGGAAAAUUCAUCCGUAUCCACUUCUCGCGUACCGGCCGUGUCGCUUCUUGCGAUAUUGAGCACUACCUGCUGGAGAAGUCUCGUGUCAUCCGUCAAGCCCCAGGAGAGCGUUGCUACCACAUCUUCUACCAAAUCUACUCGGACUUCAAGCCCGAGCUCAAAAAGCAGUUGUUGCUCGACCUGCCGAUCAAGGAUUACUGGUUCGUCGCCCAAGCCGAGCUGACCGUCGACGGUAUCGAUGACGUCGAAGAGAUGAAGGCGACGGACGAGGCAUUCGGCAUCCUCAACUUCUCGGAGGAGGAGAAGAUGGACUGCUACAGGGUCAUGUCCGCCCACAUGCACAUGGGCAACAUGCAGUUCAAACAGCGCCCCCGCGAAGAACAGGCCGAACCUGAUGGCACCGACGAGGCCCAAAAGGCCGCAACCAUGUACGGUGUCGACAUGGAGAAGUUCUUGGACGCCUUGCUGAAGCCGCGCGUGAAGGUCGGAACCGAGUGGGUGUCGAAGGGACAAAAUGUGGAACAAGUGAUGUGGGCGAAGGGCGCCAUGGCCAAGGCCGUCUACAACCGCAUCUUCAACUGGAUCGUGGCCAAGUGCAACGUGACCCUAGAUCAACAGGGAGUAUCCAGGGACUACUUCACUGGAGUGCUCGAUAUUGCCGGCUUCGAGAUCUUCGACAUGAACUCCUUCGAGCAGCUGUGGAUCAACUUUGUCAACGAGAAGCUGCAGCAAUUCUUCAACCACCACAUGUUCGUCCUCGAGCAGGAGGAAUACGCUAGGGAGGGCAUCCAGUGGACGUUCAUCGAUUUCGGCCUCGAUCUUCAGGCAUGUAUCGAGCUGAUCGAGAAACCGAUGGGUAUCAUCUCCAUGUUGGACGAAGAAUGUAUCGUCCCCAAGGCCACCGACAUGACCCUCGCCCAAAAAUUGUCCGAUCAACACCUCGGCAAGCACCCCAACUUCGAGAAGCCGAAGCCGCCAAAGGGCAAACAGGCCGAGGCCCACUUUGCCAUGCGUCAUUAUGCUGGUACUGUACGGUACAAUGUGCUGAAUUGGCUGGAGAAGAACAAGGAUCCACUCAACGAUACUGUCGUCGGGGUCAUGAAGGGUGGCACCGAGCUGAUGAAGACGAUCUGGGCCGACUAUCAGACCCAAGAAGAGGCCGCCGUCGCCGCGAAGGAGGGCGGAGGUGGUGGAAAGAAGAAGGGAAAGUCUGGAUCUAUGAUGACGGUGUCGAUGCUGUAUCGAGAGUCGCUGAACAAGCUGAUGACCAUGUUGCACAAGACGCAUCCGCACUUCAUUCGUUGCAUCAUCCCCAACGAGAAGAAGCAGUCCGGAGUCCUCGACGCGGCCCUUGUCAUGAACCAACUGACUUGCAACGGUGUGCUCGAGGGUAUCCGUAUUUGCCGCAAGGGAUUCCCCAACCGUACCCAACACCCGGACUUUGUCCAACGAUACGCCAUCCUGGCUGCCGCUGAGGCAAAGUCUGACCCGGAUCAAAAGAAGUGCUCGGAGGCCAUCCUCAGCAAGAUUGUCAACGAGGGCGGACUGACGGAUGAGAACUUCAGGGUCGGAAAGACCAAGGUGUUCUUCAAAGCCGGUAUCCUGGCCGCGCUUGAGGAUCUGCGCGACGAAAAGCUGGGCACUGUCUUCACCGGAUUCCAAGCGUCGAUUCGGUACUACCUGGCUAAGGCGGAAGCCCGUCGCCGUACCCUUCAACGUAGCGGUCUCCUCGUGCUCCACCGCAACAUCCGUACCUGGACCGUGGUCCGUACCUGGGAUUGGUACCUCCUCUUCGGAAAGAUCCGCCCGAUGCUCAAGUGCGGAAAGGAGGGCGAAGAGGUCGAGAAGAUGGCCAAGAAAAUCGAGGAGAUGAAGGUGCUCAUCGUCGAGGAGGAGGCCAAGAGGAAGGAGAUGGAGUCCCAGCACGCCAAGCUCGUUGAGGACAAGAACUCGGCGUUCGGCGAGUUGGAGAAGGUCAAGGCGGACCUGAGCGGGGUUGAGGAGAAGCUGUCCAAGCUCCAGUCCCAAUCCACCGACGCCGCCAAGCAGGUCAACGAGCUGAACGAUCUGCUGGCCGAUCAGGAGGACAGGAACAAUGAUGUGCAGCGGGCGAGGAAGAAGGUGGAGAACGAGCUGGAGAACCUGAGGAAGCAGCUCGGGGAUCUUGAGGCCAAUCUGGCCAAGGUCGAGGAGGAGAAGCAGGCUAAAGAAGGACAAAUCCGCACCCUUCAAGACGAAAUGGCCAACCAGGACGAGACGAUCGCCAAGUUGAACAAGGAGAAGAAGGCCCAGGAGGAGAUGAACAGGAAGUUGGUGGAGGACCUCCAAGGGGAGGAGGACAAGAACAACAUGACCACCAAGACCAAGCAGAAGCUGGAGCGAGCUCUGGAUGACCUUGAAGAUGCUCUGGAGCGGGAGAAGCGAGCCAGGAGCGAUAUCGAGAAGCAGAAGCGGAAGGUUGAGGGUGAACUCUCGGUUCAGCAGGAGAAACUCGAGGAUAUCGCUCGUGCUCGCGGUGAUUUGGAGUCGAACCUGAAGAAGAAGGACUCCGAGCACCAGGCGAUUGUCGGAAAGCUGGAGGAGGAGCAGUCGCUCUCCGGAAAGCUGCAGCGCCAACUUCGUGACGGGACCAACAGGCUGGCCGAGCUGGAGGACGAGGUCGAGACUGAGCGCCAAAAUCGUGCCCGCGCCGAGAGGAGCAAGACCGAUUUGCAGAGGGAACUCGACAAUCUUAAUGAUAGGCUGGAUGAGGCUGGAGGCAUGACCUCCGCCCAGGUGGAGCUGAACAAGAAGCGCGAGGCCGAGCUCGCCAAGCUCCGCCACCAACUCGAGGAGGCCCACCAGAACCACGAGAACCAACUUGCCGCCCUCAAGAAGAAGCACACCGACACCGUGUCUGAACUCACCGACCAGCUCGACCAGAUCCAAAAGGCCAAGGUCAAGGCCGAGAAGGACAGGGCGGCUGCCCUCCACGAUGCUGAUGAGGUUCAGGCCUCCAUCGACGCCGAGACGUCCGCCAAGAUGCACAACGAGAAACUGUGCAAACAGUUGGAGAUCCAGCUGUCCGAGUUGCGCACGAAGGCUGAUGAACAGGCGAGGCAGAUCGCCGAGUACAACGCGAACAAGGCCCGCCUCUCUGGAACCAACGGCGAUCUGAUGAAGCAGAUCGAGGACGCCGAGUCGCAGCUGAACCAGCUGACCCGCUCGAAGACCCAACUGGCCAGCCAGCUCGAGGAGGCCAAGCGAACGGUAGAAGAGGAGGGCCGCGAGCGGCAGCAAUACGCAGCCCAGGCCAAGAACUAUCAGCAUGAGGCCGAGUCUAUUCGGGAGGCCAUCGAAGAGGAGAACGAGGCCAAGGCCGAGCUCCUGCGCCAGCUUUCUCGUGUCAACGGCGAGAUCCAGAACUGGAAGGCCAAGCUCGAAGGGGAGGGGCUGCUGAAGGGCGAAGAACUUGAAGAAGUGCGGCGCCGCCAGCAGCACAAGAUCAAUGAACUUCAAGCGGUGCUCAGCCAGGCGACGACCAAGAUUGGGAGCCUGGAGAAGACGAAGGGGAGGUUGAGCGCGGAGCUGGAUGAGGCCCAGGGGGAGGUCGAGAGGGCCAAUAACUACGUGUCCGGGCUGGAGAAGAAGCAGAAGGGAUUCGAUAAGAUUAUCGAUGACUGGAGGAGGAAGAUUGACGAAUUGUCGCAGGAUCAUGAGAUCGCGCUCAGGGACUCGAGGAAUGCGCAGACGGACCUGUUGAGGGCCAAGGCGGCCGCCGACGAGUUGAAGUCGGUGGCUGAGGAGUUGAGGAGGGAGAACGGAGGCCUCACGCAGGAGAUUCGCGAUCUUCAGGGCCAACUGAACGACGGCGGUCGCUCGGUGCAGGAGAUGCAGCGUAUCGUCCGUACCCUCGAGCUCGAGAAGGAGGAACUGCAACACGCCGUCGACGAAGCCGAGGCUGCCCUCGAGGCUGAGGAGAGCAAGGUGCUUCGUGCUCAAGUCGAGGUGACCCAGAUCCGCGCCGAGAUCGAGAAGAGGAUCCAGGAGAAGGAGGAGGAGUUCGAGAACACCAGGAAGAACCACCAGAGGGCCAUGGAGAGCAUGCAAUCGGCAUUGGAGAAUGAGCAAAAGGCAAAGACCGACUUGGCGAGGAUCAGGAAGAAGUUGGAGUCGGAUAUCGGGGAGCUCGAGCUCGCACUGGAUCAUGCCAACCAGGCAAACGCUGAGGCGCAGCGCAACCUGAAGAAGCACCAGGAUCAAGUGAGCGAGCUGCAGCGACAGGUGGAAGAGGAGCAACGGCAUAAGGAGGAGGCCAGGGAGCAGUACUUUGGCGCCGAGAAGAAGGCCACCAUGCUCCAGUCCGAGCGCGAGGAGUUGGCGCUCUCUCUCGAGUCGUCGCUUCGUGCUCGUCGCCAGGCUGAGACUGAUGCGGCGGAGGCUCAGGCCCAGGCGGCUGAUUACAGCGGCCAGCUCGGCUCUCUUCAGCAAGCGAAGCGCAAGCUCGAGACCGAAAUCCAGGCGCUGCACGCCGACUUGGACGAGACAAUCUCCGAGUACAGAACGGCCCAAGACAACGCGACAAGGGCAAUGGCUGAUGCGGCAAAACUGGCAGAUGCCCUCCGACAGGAACAAGAUCAUACACAGAAUGUUGAUAGGGCAAAGAAAGCCCUCGAGCAGACAUUGAGGGAAUUCCAGACUCGUCUCGAUGAGGCCGAGGCUGCCGCUCUCAAGGGUGGAAAAAAGGUGAUUCAACAACUCGAGAAGAGGUCCCGCGACCUGGAGAGCGAGCUGGAUGGAGAACAACGACGAUUCCAGAUGGCCAAUAAGGACUUGAGCAAGGCCGAGAGAAAGGUCAAGGAGCUCGAGUUCCAGAUGAACGAGGAUAAGAAGAACUUUGAUCGCCUCAACGAACUCGUCGACAAACUCCAAAACAAGCUGAAACAACAGAAGAAACAGAUCGAUGAAGCCGAAGAACAAGCGAAUGUCCACCUCGGCAAAUACCGCCAGAUCCAGCACCAGCUCGAAGACGCUGAGGAGAGGGCCGACAUGGCCGAGAAUUCCGUCUCCAAACUACGCGCCAAGUCCCGCGUCGGUUCGAUGGCCCCAGGUGGUGGCGGCCUCCAGGGAUCUGCCUCUGUUGCCGUCAUGCGAUCUGCCAGCCGUGGAAAAUUC